AUGGCUGAUCACGCUACCACGCGCCGCCCCUGGGACCACCGUACACGGUGGUUAGGGUUUAAAAACCCUUCCUUUCCCUCGUCAUUUAUCAGGCAAUCGAGCGAGGGAUCCGGCAGUGACCAUGCCGGUGUAGACGCGUGCACUGAUCACGGCGCUGAUGGAGGGUUGCUGAACCAUCGUGAACGACGAGCAGUCGCCUCCAUUGAAACUGCUUCUGGAAGCUUCUGCUUGCGGCGCGAGGGGAAAGGCAGAAACCCUAGGGUUUCCUGCCUUGAUGGUGAGAGACCACUUAACUUGACCAAUUUAGAAGAGCUUAAUUUGAAUUCCAACUCCUUCACAAACAGUUUAUUAGCACAGCUUAGUGGGUUUUCCAAUCUAAAGUCAUUGAGGAUAAGGAAUAACCAGCUUAAAGGAUCAAUAAAUAUUAAAGAAUUAUUAGAUUCUUUGAGCAACUUAGAGAAGCUAGACAUAAGCAAGAAUGAGGUGAAGGAAUUUGUGCCCAUAAAGAAUAAAGAAAAUAGAAGUUUGGGAAAGCUAAAGAUUGCUACAUUAGACUAUGUGUUCACAGUUGGAACUACUUCUCUAAUACCGCUUCUGGAGACAUUCUCAUCUAUUAAGACCUUAUCUUUGAGAGGCAAUUACUUCAAUGACACAUUUUCUACUCAAGAUCAAUUGCAUGUGUCGAGCAAAAUAGAGGGAUUAGUGCUAGAUCGAUCAUCUCUCAACAACAACAUUCUUCAAAGCAUUGGUGUAUUGGAUUCUCUUAAAUUUUCGUCUUUGAGAGGUUGUGGGCUAUCCGGGACAUUACCUGCGCAAGGGUGGUGUGAUUUACAAAAGCUUGAGCUGUUGGAUCUUAGUGAAAAUGCUCUUGAGGGAACACUCCCUUCAUGUUUGGCUAACUUGUCAUCUCUUCAUUAUUUGGAUAUUUCCGAUAAUCAAUUCACCGGGAAAGAUGUGGAUUUAAGUAACAACAAUUUGUCUGGAGAACUCCCAAAAUGGGUAUGGAAUGUGUCAAAUUUAAAAGCAUUGGCAUUGACUGGGGAAAUUCCAUACUGGAUUGGAACUCUUUCGGCUUUAAGUGUCCUCCUUCUAAAAGCCAAUUAUUUUAUUGGAGAAAUUCCCAUUGAGAUAUGUAAACUGUAUUCGUUAAGCAUCAUUGAUAUUUCUCAAAACAAGCUUUCUAGUUCGAUACCUUCUUGUUUAAGUCAUUUAACUCUUGAGCCAAAUGAUGAAAAAUCUUCAACAAAGACCUAUAAGGAGGAAUUUUUAGGAACUAUAAAAGGAGCUAAUUACUUUGGAAUAUCCGAAAUUGAGUGGUCCACAUUAAAAAGAGCUGAAUUCGAUGAAUAUCUCUUUAUUGAGAAUCAGAUGCAAGAAAAGGUAGUCUAUACAACAAAGAGAGCAUCUUACACAUACAAAGGGAACAUUCUUAAGUACAUGUCUGGAAUUGAUUUAUCAUGUAAUAGAUUAACAGGUGAAAUCCCCACAGAUAUUGGAAAUUUGAGUGAAAUUCUAUCACUAAACUUGUCACACAAUAAUUUGACUGGACAUAUACCGUCGACAUUCUCAAAGCUCAAGCAAAUUGAGAGUCUGGACCUUUCUCACAACAACCUAAUCGGAAGAAUCCCUACUCAAUUGACGGAGUUGUAUACCUUAGCAGUCUUCAAUGUGUCAUAUAACAACUUGUCAGGGAGUAUUCCAUCUCCGAAAGCUCAAUUUGGAACCUUUGAUGAAAGCAGUUAUGUGGAGAAUCCUUUUCUAUGUGGGCCUCCCCUAAAUAAAAAUUGCAGCGACCUUGAUUCACCCUCGACAGCAGCACCAAAUACCUCAAACAAUGAAGAAGAAUGUGGUUUGAUGGACAAGUAUGUUUUUUGGGUGUUUGUUUCUUAUGUAAUUGUGUUACUGGUUAUUGUUCUCAUCCUGUAUAUAAAUCCUUAUUGGCGACAAGCAUGGUUUUCUUUUGUUGAACACUGCAUCAAGACCUGCCAGUAUUUUAUUGAGGACAAUCUUCUGCGAUUUCCCAUCUUCAAAAGAAGUGGGUAG